AUGAAAUACAAUGAGAUAUCCCACUUCAGCCACCCCCAACAUAAGCUCAAGUUUGAGUACACAGAAAUCCCUUUCAAGUGCGAUGGCUGCAAGGAAGUAGGCAUAGGAUCGCGUUACAAGUGCGCGACAUGCGACUUCGAUCUCCACAUGCACUGCGCCAUACCCACUCCUUCCAUCUUCCACCCUUUCUACACCAAGUGCUCCUUCCAGUUCCUCUCCCGAGCCCCCGGGGACUCCCCACGCUAUUGCAAUGCGUGCGAGAAGGACAUAACUGGAUUCGUGUACCAUUGCAGGUCCUGCGGGUUUGAUCUCCACCCUUGCUGCGCCAAGCUCCCCAUGGUGCUGGACGACGGGGAGGUCAACCUCUAUCUGUAUAGGAAAGUGAGCAGCUCCUGCCAUAAGUGCGGGCGCAAAGGGAGGAGCUGGAGUUAUAGAUCGAAAUGCAAGAAGUACAAUUUGCAUGUGGCGUGUGUGAAGGAAAUGCUUGUGGAAACUUGGCAUGAGUUUUUGCGUACGCAUGGGAAGAGUAGUAGUAGUGCUAGUAGGAAACUGGAGAUGACUAGAAUUCCUAGUCUCAGGAACAUGCUUCAGAGCCAUCACCAUAAGAGCAGAGGUAAAGUGAAGAAGUGUUGUGAGAUGGCUGGGUUGGCCGUGCAGUUUGUGAUAUCGGCGGUGUUGGGUGAUCCGACAACGUUGAUUGCUGGGGUUAUUGGGUCACUUAUGUCACGAGGGUGACGAAAGUACUUGGUGGAGGGUGGUAGACUGGUAGUGGUACUUGUGGAUGAAAUUGUAGAUGUUUUAAAAGAUGAUAGGAGAUAAAGGCACUCCAUGAUCCUGUAAUAUUGUUGAUAUAAUAAAUUUAAUUAUCUUUCGUAAUUUUCA